CAUUUCUUCGCGCGUAUAUUUAUAUCGUAACGGGAGUCUGAAGAAGAAUUGAGGGUUAUCACAGCCGUGCGGUGAAGCUCGGUAUUCACGGCAUCGUGACGGAAAUCGUCGUACCGUUCGAAGCUUGGUUCUAUAGGCUCGAUUUUCUACUUCCGCGCUGAUUCCACACAUAACCCAGCAGUUCUUAUUCGUAAAGCCUCGCCGAUAAGGCCAUCCGUGCCACAGGGCUUGUAGCCGGAACAAGAUGGGGUGUGGAAAUCCGUGUGUGGGAAUGACGUGGGCGCUGGCUCGGACAGCUAUCAUAGUUGUCAUAGGAACGACGUACUUGUUUGGGUACAACAUGGUCGUCAUCAACAAUCCUAAAAGGGUCUUGCAGAAUUUCUACAACACGUCGUAUGCUUCGCGGAAUGACGGCACACCGAUGUCAGAUAAAACCUUCACAGGUCUCUGGUCUUUCACGGCGGCCAUCUACUCAAUCGGUAUCCUGUCAGCGAGCUUCUUAACUGGACGCCUUGCUAAUAGGUUUGGCCGGAAACGACUGAUGCUGAUGAACAGUGUAGUAGUCUUAGCAGGCUGUCUGCUUAUGGGACUGUCAAAGAAAGCCAAUUCAUUCGAGAUGAUCAUUGUAGGUCGAUUGGUAUUCGGAUUGGCAGCAGGUUUCUCCUCGGUCGCAACCCUUUACUUUAUGGAGAUCUCACCACGCCAUCUUCGCGGUGCAAUGGGAGGACUCUACGAAUUUGGUUUCGCAACGUCUAUGUUAUUAUCUCAGCUGCUCGGUCUAGAAGAAGUAUUUGGCAAUGAAAAGUUUUGGACCCUCCUGCUGUGUAUAACUGCCAUCACUACCGUCUUCCAGCUGGUUUCGUUGCCAUUUAGUCCCGAAAGUCCACGAUUCCUCCUCUGCUCACAGCAAAAGGAAAAGGAGGCACUAGAGUCUUUGCAAUUCUUCCGUGGGACCACUGAUCCGGAAGAGCUGCGAGAGGAACUUGAGGAGUUAAGGCACGAGCAUCAAUCACAGAAAACUAGGCAAAACCUAAGCAUGCUGGAAAUCAUCAAAGAUCCAACACUUCGAAAUGCUCUGUAUGUCAGCUUUGCUGUCCACCUGUCUUUGCAAUUAGGCGGCGUGAUUCCUGUACUUUACUUCUCAACGCAUCUCUUCAACAAAGCAGGUGUUGCGUACGGAGAGUCAGCGCACGCUAGUCUGGGUAUCGGAUGCGUCAAGAUCCUAAUGAACCUCUUCAGCAUGUUUGUUAUUGAAAGGUUCGGCAGACGCUUGCCCGAGUUGGUCGGCUGCGGUGGACAGGCAAUCAUGCUGGUGCUUCUUACCAUUACGAUGCACGACAGCUUCACGGUCUAA